AUGUACAAAGUACUCUUUAAACUGCCAGUUGGCGGAGAGAGGAGCCACAGGCGAGUUAAAGGCGGGGAAAGCGCGGUGCAGGAGGCCCGGCAACUUCAUAGCGCAGGACAACAACUGGUAACAGCCCCGCCGGCCCGGCCAGCACCGCUGCUCUGCCCCUGCUCCCGGCCACCUUCCCCUCCCGCCCCGCGGCUCCGCGCUGACAGCUCUCGUGUGGCUCUAAAGAGCGUGUGCGCUGGGAAAAAUCGUGUUGAAAGUGAACGAGAUUCUGCAAAAAGAUGGGCUGAAAAAUGGGGAUUUUUGAAAACACCUCUGGAGGAGUUGAUUGGAGAUGAAAAGAAAGGAGAUGCAAAGCCCAAGCUACAGCUUCCAGAUCACCUGCGGGUUCGACCUGUGACACCUGUGGAAAAAUACAUUAAGGUGCUUCCAUCUCCUCCAGUACCUAAAACUACCCAGGGAUUUAUUGGCUGGAGAUCAGGUGUUCCAGAACUGGCACUUGAACAUGAUUAUCAAAUUCAAAGCUGCAAAGGAACCGUCCGUAGUAUGAAGUGACCAUGUGAGCCCUCUGAGUGGCAUUAUGAAAUAAAGAGGCACAAAGAUCCAUCUGUAUUCCUAAGGAAAUAUCCUGUGGUGGACUGCUGGACUGUUGAUCAUUCCUGCUAUUUAUGUAGAAAUCCACAAUCAUUUUGGUGAAGUGUGAACAUUUUCAUUUUACUUAAUUGAAUCAAUGGCAUCCAAGCUGUUAACUCUGCUUCAGAGCUUCUGCUUGUAACUUAGAAAUAACAAUUAAUAAACUCAGAUGAAGAUCACA